GCGGGAGAGCCACGUAGACAUACAAAUUACAAACAGGCUAUGUGUAUGUAAUGCAUCACUGAAACUGCAUAAUCACCAGCAGUAGCAAUUAUCGAGAGAGGAUUUUGAAAUGGAACGGAUUUACAUUGAUAACAAUUAUAAUCUUCGUAAAGUCAUGGCACUGAGCGGUGUUGUUUCGCUGAUCAACAACUCACCAGUCACUUUAUAUAAUCAUUCACUGAGAAACUCCGGGUUUGAUUCACGUGCGGAUUGUGGUGUUUUGAGUAGUUUGGAGAAUCUGGACUCUCCGAUUGUUAGGUACUACCGGUCUGGAUCACCAAGUUCAAAGUCGCCGAUUGUGUUUACGACUCCAGUGAAGGUGGAGGAGGAUGUGGUUGUGAUGGAUGGAGUAUUGGUCGGACCAGUGAGUGGAGGUAGGCAUAGGUCUUUGUCGAUGUCAGAUUCUGGUGGAUCAUCAUCUUCGGCUGGAAAAGGCUUUUACAAGAUGGAGAUGUGUCGGACAUGGGAGGAUUUUGGUAGUUGUCGCUAUGGAGCUAAAUGUCAGUUUGCACAUGGAAAAGAAGAGCUGCGUCCAAUCCGGUUUUCUAACAAGAGCAAGUUAGAGGCACAGAUUUGCAAGUCAUAUACUUCAGGAUCCUGCUCAUAUGGCUCCAAGUGCCGCUUCAUUCAUCAGCAAAACAAUUCGCCUGAAUCAGCAAAAGAUUCUCCGUUCACUGUGAUCUCUUCAACACCUCAAACAGUCUCACAGAGCGAUUCAUCUGCAUCCGCAACAGAUUCACCAGUCAGUGUGAUUUCUUCUAAAACUCGAACAGUCUCACCGAUCAAGCUAGAGAAUGCCAUGAAUACUUCUGAAAGCAGCAGCUUCACCUUUGCUAAAACUGACUGGUCCCCCCUGGAUGAUGGCAUUGAUGUUGUCUUACCUUGUUCUUCCUCAACUGACAAAGCUCCACGAGGAGAAAUUGAUGCUUACAUAAACAGUGUUCUCUAUGGUCCCAGUAAAAGGAUGAAGUUGCCUGUUUUUGCUGCAAUCUGCCCAAGCCCAAGGUAGAGAAAUCCAUAUAACCAUAUUCCUAAAUGAUACUAUUAUUCUACACAUGAGAUUAAAUGUACAUAGUACCGGCCGCUGUGUUGGGGCCCUGCAAGCAAUUUUCGUCGAUAUACAGUAUAAACGAGGUGAGCUGUACAUUGAACUUCAAAAUGGUAAAGCAAAUUAAGUGUUUGUGAUGGCAGCUGUCCAAGUAAAACUGUGAACUGGUGGUUUUGUGUGUAUUUGGCCUCAACCUGAAUGUUGUUAUGAUCAGAAACACUCGGAUAUUCUGUAAGUUGAUUUUUUGUACAGGAUAGUUUUGAACAUAGUCAUUUUUAUUGAUCUAAAAUCAGACUGCUAUAUUUUUCUUA